GGCCCAGUGGGUGUUCCUGGAUUCCCUGGAAUUUAUGGAGUUCCAGGACACCCUGGUCAGCCAGGACCCAGAGGUCUUCCUGGUUUAGAUGGCUGUAAUGGUACCAUUGGAAGUCCUGGUACCCCUGGAUCAGAUGGAUUCCCUGGUCCACAAGGACCACCGGGUCGUCCUGGUCCUAAAGGCCCCAAAGGUGAACCUGUCUAUGCCCCGGGAAUUUUUAAAGGAGUGAAGGGAGAAAGAGGUCUUCCUGGCCUGGAUGGUGCUUUUGGACCGAAAGGUUUUCCAGGUCGACCAGGGCCUGCUGGUCCCAUCGGGCUACCUGGAUUUCCGGGACCUCCAGGUUUCCCAGGACCCCCAGGAGCUAUGGGCAGUAGCGGUUUAGUUUUCCAUGGAGAAACAGGAGAAAAAGGAGAUGUUGGGCUGCCAGGACCAGCGGGACCUCCAUCUUCCACAGGGACAGAAGAAUUUGUUGGGUUGACCAAAGGACAGCAAGGAGCAAAGGGCGUUCCUGGUGUCAAAGGAAUUCCAGGCCCACCAGGAGGUCCUGGACUUCCGGGUUCCUGGGGCUUCGGAGAAAAGGGAGAAAAAGGCAUCCCCGGUUUACCAGGACCCAGGGGAGACAUGGGACUGAGAGGACUUGAUGGAAACAUAGGCAGAAAGGGAGUUCUGGGCAAAGCAGGAUUUCCUGGCUGGGAUGGCUCUCCAGGUGGAAAGGGUGAAUUUGGCGAUGUGGGUCCACCAGGCCCUUCAAUAAUUGUUGACAGAAAUGGCGCUGUCAUAUCAGGUCCCCCUGGAGACCCCGGCACACCAGGAACCCCUGGCCCUAGAGGAGAUGAGGGGAGUAUUGGUUUGAUAGGAUUUCCUGGGCAACCAGGACGUCCUCCAACCUUUCCAGGUAAUCUAGUUAAGGAUCCAUGGCUGGUGAGAGAAUCCAGGAGUAUCUUUAUGUAAGAAGCCAACUUCAAAGUAUCGGAGGUGUUUUCUAAUAAGUGUUGAUCAUGUCUCUAGAAAGACAUGGCCGUCAUGAUUCUGACAAAAAUGUCUCAGAAAAUACCAAAGAGAAAAAUACAGUGAAACAAAGAAGAAGGACUUAGAGGAACUUUUAAUAUGCUUCACAUAUUGGUGCAAAAAGUGGGAAAUGGUGGAAAAUGUAGUUUACUGAUAUUUAGAGUGGGUUUUCCAACUACCUGAUAUCCUUUGCUUGAUUUCUGGAAGGAAUCAAUGAAAUUAUCUCCCUCUAUCCA